AUGAGCACAGAUCCGAACUCGCUGGCUCCUCCCGCCAUCAAGUCGUUGCGGGCGGAGACGGCGGGAGUCAUGCAGCGUUCCAUUAGCGAGGACAUACGCGAGGAGAGAGAGGACCUCCGCGAGGCUGCCGAGCAGACACUCAAUGUCAUCCUCGACCUCAACAUGGACGGCACCGUCCGCUGGGUCAGCCCCUCGUGGGUCGAUGUCAUCGGCACCCAGCCAGAGACUGUCCAAGGCAAGCCCAUCGCCGACAUCGUCGCCGGCGACAACAAGACUAUCUUUACCGACAUGGUUGAGUCCUUCAACAAGGACGAUUCCCGUAGUCAGUUCAUCCGUUUCUCCGUCAAGCUCGGCCCUCUCUCGAAACUGCUAUCUUUCGACGGCAUCAAAGAUGCAGAGGCCAGCCCCGAGGAGGAGGUCGUGGACCUCGAGGCACAGGGCAUCAUGGUCUAUGACGGCGCCUCUGGAGCCGACAGCCAUAUGAUGUGGAUGAUUCGACCAUGGGCGGCCCCACGAGAGAUCAAGAUCGACCUUCCUCCCUUUCUCGUCGAGUCGCUCGGCUCCGGCGCCGAGAUUCUCGCCAGCUAUCUCACCCAGCUUGCUGACACAAGCCUGGAAGAUCCCGCCAAUCCUGCACCGCCUCUCCCCGUCCUCUGCCGGAUAUGCGAGCGACAGAUCCCUCCCUGGUGGUUUGAGAAGCAUACAGACCUGUGCUUACAGGAGCACCGAGCCGAGAUGGACGUACAAAUGGCGCAGGAAGCCUUGACAGAGCACCGGCACGCCAUCGUCAAAGUCCUUGAUGCGCUCGAGGCACGUAAGAGCCGGUCUCUGACAGGCGAGCAGACUCCCUUACCAGUGGCUGAGUACAAAGGCAUGCCCAUCGGCCCUCCUCCCUUGACAUCGUCUUCCUCGACUACACCAUCGCCUUCUCCGGCCACAGGUCGGUCUCGCGAACGCUCGUCCGGCCUCGGCCAUGCUAGGGGCCGGUCCUUCGCCGUCCGACGGCCGCAGGCCAGAAUUGUUGAGCUGCUCCUGGACUUGUGCGACACCGCCAUCGAGAUCAGCCCGCCGGCCAUCAAAGAAUCCUCGUCACAAAACCCCGGCGAGCUCCGCACACAGUCGCCUCAGUCCGAGUCCAGGAUAUCGCAGGUGAUGCAGUGGCAAUCGCCAAGCAACAACACACUGGAGCAGGAGCAAGGCCUUGCUCUGCUCUGCGCCGAUACCGAGGGCAUAGCUAAGGGUAAGGUCGAGGCCGUCUUUAGACACCGCAAGAUCAUCGAGUACGCCGAGCGCAUCCGCGUCGAGUUUGCAGUCAUCGUCCAGGAGUGCAUCGAGGAGGCGAUGCGCAAGGCCGCAAGGAUUGCCGCCGGUUGCCUGAGCGAGAGCGAGUCCAGCGACAACGAGGAGGCCGAAUUGUCGGAAGCGACGCCCGCCCGGGAGGAGGCAUUCUUUGCCGGCUCCUUCGAUGCUCCUUCCGUACUGGAUGCAGCCAUUAGGAAAGCAAACAUCAGCAACGACGUGGAUCAGCGGCGCUUGUCCUCGGCCGCCAUGGACUCCGUCAAGUCAAACAGCCCAAAGCAGAGCCCGACGCCGCGAUCUCGCGGCACAGGCAGCGCUACCGGGCACCGGGAUACGCGAAGGGAAUCGACCGUGUUCGAGAGCGAUGCCGGGGAGAGUGACGGCAGCUUUAGGUCGUCCUCCCUGGCGUCCCGACCGCCGCCCAGGACAGAAUCUCCCAUAUCCGAGUUUGGCGACUUGCGCCGGCAAGCCAGCUCGCGGCAGCACCAUCGGAGAAGUCUUGUCCUACCAGGAUCAUCUUCGCCCCGCCGGCAAGAGUCGCCUUCGCGGUCCACACAGGCACCGUCAUCGCCUUUGCGCAUUACCAAGCCUCGCACCCUCCCCUUCCCUCCCUCGGACGGGCUCAUGUCGCCCGAGGCAUCGCCUAUGCUGCCCAGCAGCGAGUUCAGCUCUCCAAACUUCAACCACCAUCACCUUCAUCAUCACCGCAGGCAGUCUUCGGCCGCCAUGUCGCUGGGUCCGGGAGGUGACGCCGGCUCGCGGCCACCGCCGUCACCGCGACUGGCAGCCGCCAAUGCACAGCCGCUCGCCAGAGCAGUGCCGCCCUCCAUCAAAGACUUUGAGGUCAUCAAGCCUAUCAGCAAGGGCGCUUUCGGGAGCGUGUACCUGUCCAAGAAGAAGUCGACAGGAGAGUAUUUUGCCAUCAAGGUGCUCAAGAAGGCCGACAUGGUGGCCAAGAACCAAGUCACCAACGUCAAGGCCGAACGGGCCAUCAUGAUGUGGCAAGGAGAGAGCGACUUUGUCGCUAAACUAUACUGGACUUUCUCGAGCAAGGACUACUUGUACCUGGUCAUGGAGUACUUAAAUGGAGGAGACUGCGCCUCGCUGAUCAAGGUCCUCGGUUGCCUGCCGGAGGACUGGGUCAAGAAGUAUCUCGGCGAGGUUGUCCUUGGCGUUGAGCACCUGCACAACCGCGGUAUCGUCCACCGGGAUCUGAAGCCAGACAACCUGCUGAUCGACCAGAAGGGCCAUCUCAAGUUGACUGAUUUUGGUCUCUCGCGCAUGGGUCUUAUUGGUCGACAGAAGCGCGCUCUUAACAGCAACACCAACGAGCCUGUGCCGGAUCUUCUCAAGCAGGGCCCCUUUGCUCGAUCGGCAUCCAUAGCCUCCUCCCGCUCAGCGUCCCUGGACCUGCACGGGCAUGCCCACGGUCCCGGGCACUCUCCGAGCAACACGCCGCAGAUGACGCCCAGUGAUGCCGCCGGCGGUGCGCAGCCCUCAUACUUUAGUCUCGGUUCGAUGCAGCAAGAGCCCCGUCGCGUGUCCGGUCAACGCAGCGACAGCGGCGGUAGCGACGCUCUCGCGCAGAUGAUCAGCAACCUGGCCCUCACCGAUAUGCACCCGAGUCAACUUCCUCCCGCUAUCCAGUCUCCGCAGGGCGAGGGCAGCGAAGGCGAGAGCACAGGGUCGCCCGAUCUCCCUUCUCUGCAGCAAGUCAGCACCCACGGCAGCGUGGAUCCAGGCAAGAACACUCCACCACAAUCGAGCAUGCCGCCACCAAACUGGGCCCUAUUUGACCCCGAGGAUACCAACCGCCGCUUCGUAGGCACGCCCGACUACCUAGCACCCGAGACCAUCAGGGGUGAACCGCAGGACGAGACGAGUGAUUGGUGGUCGGUCGGAUGUAUCAUGUACGAGUUUCUAUUUGGCAUCCCUCCGUUUCACGGCAGCGAAGCCGAGGAGGUCUUCGAGAAUAUCCUGGCCCGCAGGAUCCACUGGCCCGACGAGGCCGAAGACGAGGUCUCUCCUGAAGCCAAGGACUUGAUCAACAAGCUGCUCUGUAUGGACCCUCAACAGCGCCUCGGUGCUAAUCGUGACGACAAGUUCCCUUCUGGCGGUGCGGAGAUUCGCAGUCAUCCUUGGUUUCAGGGUGUCAAUUGGGAUACGCUCCUACAGGAUGAGGCACAGUUCGUGCCGCAGCUCGAGAACCCCGAGGACACAGAAUACUUUGACAACCGUGGGGCCACUCUUCAGUCGUUUGCCGAGGAGAUGGAAGACCAGUCAUCUCCCGCUUCCGUGCCCGUGACCGACUAUCCCGAUCGGCCUCACGACGCCCUCUCACGCGUCCGGUCUCAGGUCAACUCGAUCAAGCGCGGUCUGAUGCCGCUGCAUAUCCCCCCGCACGUCCGUGACCUCAAGAGCAGACGGCUCAGCGAGCCAGUAGUAGCCGACGACUUUGGCAACUUUACCUUCAAGAACCUACCUGUCUUAGAAAAGGCAAACAAGGACGUGAUCCAGAAGCUUCGUGCAGAGGCCAUGGCCGCGCACAGCAAGGCCUCUGCUGUCAGCCCUGGUGGUCCCAACAGUGUCACCUCUCCGGGCGCGGGGCUCGAAGGCAGCCCGAUCCUGUCGAACCAGGUCCAGCGAACCAUGUCCAACGCGAAGGCGACGCAGAGGCCCCAGUCGCCGUCCGGUGUCAGCCAUGCGAACUCUUCUCCGAGCCGAGCUUCCCAACCCUCGUCGCCCCUGCUAGUGUCCUUCCAUGCCGGGCAAGGAAAUGAAGGUCGGCGCAAGGUGUCAAGCACUUCGUCGAGCUUGUCCCAGCCCUCGGGGAGCUCGCUACAACCCGGCACGUUCUUCGAAGUGCCUCGUGUGCCCCCGAGUCUGCAAAAGGCAGCCACAACCGUCGCCGCCUCGCCGGUUAAGGGCCGGGGUGCGCCCCCGCCGUUGCCACUAUCGCCCCAAAAGGUCGUGGCCACUCCCAGGCACCCGAGCAGCUCGACGAGCCGCUCCCGGUCCCUGACUGUGGGCUCGCAGGAGGGCAGUCCGGUAGCUGCAGACCUGCUAAACCACCGUAACCGUCGCAGUCAGGUUUUUGACAUGUCCCCGUCCUCGUCCGACAACGAGGGCGAGAAGGCCAACGCGCUGCUCAGGGUCCAGCGCCGGCGGCAGAGCUCUCGGCGCAUGUCGCAGAUUGCCCUCGACGGACCCAUGUUCCGGCCCCUCGACGUGCUCAUCUGCGAGGACCACCCCGUCUCAAGGAUGGUCAUGGAGAAGCUGUUGGAGAAGCUCCGCUGCCGCACGAUAUCGGCAACGUCGGGCCCGGAAGCGGUCCGCUAUGCCAUGAGCGACAUCAAGUUUGACAUCAUCUUUAUGGAGUUCAAGCUGCCCCAAAUCAACGGCGCAGAUGUUGCUCGGAUGAUUAGAGACACCAGCAAUGCCAACUCGCAUACGCCCAUCGUCGCCAUCACCGCCUAUCUCAAGGAGCUUCAGGCCAAACAGCACUUUGACUCGCUUAUCGAGAAGCCCAUCAGCUCGUCCAAGCUGACCGAGGUCCUAGGCAACCUCUGCCAGUGGAAGCCGCCGACAACCAGCCAGCAGAACUCGGUCUCCCUGGCGCUUGCUCACCCAAUUCCCUCCGGUCUGCGGCAGGAGAGCAUACGCCUUGAGGACAGCCCUACCUCCAGCUCUUCGAUGUUUGCCCUUCGUCCUGGCAGCAGCUUCCGAGGCUCGAGUCGAGAAGAUUCUAUUAGCUCUAGCCUCUUUGGCGACUCCGAGUCUGUCACUACCGAUGACAUUCCGGUGGUUAUCAGCCGCAAGGCUACCGGAGACUGGCCCGACGAUGCCGGCCUUGGCAUUUCGCAAGAAGAAGCCCUGCUCAACUCGAGCGAGCCGCUGAAGUCGCCCGUCCAUCUCAUAUCGCAGCAAUCGGCGCCAGGGAUGAUGGAGCAGACCCGCCUGCCGAUCCCGGCGCCCGUGCCUCGUCGGUCUCUCGAGAAGCUGAAGGCCAAGAGAGAGGCCAUCGAGAAGCGACGCAUCGAUGGCAGCAUCGACUCGGCCGACGACGAAGACGAUGAACUCGGCCUGGGCCUGAGCAACCUCAGCGUGAGCAACACCAACACGAGCAGUGGUAGUAGCAGCGGCAGCACCGGGGGCAGCGGCAGCGCCAACGCGACGCAAAUGCGGCAGCACUUCCGGUCCAAGUCGGUUCUGCCGUCUUCCAAGCUGGGCAUCGAGAUGAUGCGCGCCAAUAGCCAUGACAGCGUCAACGUGGAGUCCAAGGGGGUCAACGUCAUCAUGCCGCAUCGCGGGCUCGAGGAGUCGCCCGGCCCGAUCGAGGAUGAAGCCGACGAGGGGGACACUACUGUCAUACACACGCCGCCCGGUGAUCACGGCACGUCGUCCGAGGACAACACGACUGUCGUCGGGGUGGACGAGACGCCGCGGCCUUUGGGUGGCGGUGGGUCCAUUCAAGCUGACGACGAGCCGACGCCGCGGCCGCCUGUUAAGUCUGCUACGACGGGCAUGGACGCGGGUGGGUUCAUCUGA